AAGAGAAUUUGUUUAUCAUGUUCCCGCAUCAUUAGGAGCAAAAGUCAUGAGAAAUAAAAUGAAAGCAAGUCGUCGACGUUCUUGCGGUCCUCCAGGAAGCUGUGCUGGUAGGUGGGCCCUGCUGAGAAGAAGAACAGCACGUCCUGCAGCAUUACAGUCACCUGCCACGCCGCGCCGAACAAUGUUGAACUACAGUGGCUCUUUCUGGUGCACGGGAAGACGAGGAGUUGCAGCUUGCCUUCAUGGUUCUCCCGCAACUACGCUGCUCCAUGUAGUUGUAUCACUGCUAGCUACGCUGAUCCCCUUUUCUGUGCUGGUAAGCUACCUUGAAGAUGUUCUCCACGACCCCACGACAAUAUCUUCACAACCUUUCCCCCUCCUGCAGCUUGUUCACGCCCAAGAGGUCCCUUGGUUCGUGGACUACGAUUGCCGACAGAAGACGCACAAGAAGAGCGUUGCGAAGGGCUUGGUGUGGUCGUAUCCUAAGUAAAAACUUUCCCACACCAAUGUCAAGAUGAGAAAUCUGCUACACAAAUCCCUAAUGCUUUGGCUGUCGCGCAUGACAAAGGUGGGCCCGCAAUGUAGUCGCGUUUAGCUAGUGCAGCAGCAUCACAGACCCAGUUUGUCAUGCUGAUUCGAGCAUGACCACUCUCCAAUCACCACUAGAAAACGCCUCUCAUGGGUCUCCGCAUGAGAAACAUUCUAAGCAUGCAGAUUUGCAUUACAACUCUGGGGUGGGGACGUUUUUACACAGGAAAGGUCGGACUGGAUCGGGGUGAUCGACAAAGUGACGCGGGAGGGCAUGGGACUGUACGUGGAUUAUCCUGUGCAAAAGUUGUAUCGCACUCGUACUGAUCGCAGUCAUGCAUUACAAAUCUCGUUCCCAAGGUUAAUCAGCAUGAAAAAUUCCACUUGUCAUGCUGAGGCAAUUUGUCAUGCAAUUACUACUAGUACGAUACUUCUGCAAUGCAUAUGGACGUUCUUACGUCGAUUUCCGCGCCAUUCAUCAACACCAUCGACGCUGCCUUGGACAGUAAUUGGGACUUGCGAUUUCCUCUAGGAGACGAGUGCGCGCUGGGAAUGCUGUUCUACUACAGCAUAAGACUGCACUGGUGCUUGACGCAGGUCAGGGACGCGCAUGGCGGAGCGAAUUCGGGAGUCGAGCAAGUUUUGGACCAGAUAGCUGCUGGCUCGUCAGACGAUUCCGACGUGACUGGCGAGGGGCAGCAGGCACUGCUUUCAAGGUGCUGGUCUUUUGGGCUUUUUCUAAUGUUCUAGCUGUAGCUGUACGCACUGAAAUAUGUUACAACGCACUCACACUCAGCUCUUUGAAAUUUCGGAUAGUGUAUUGAAAUGGAAAGCGUUGUACUGAGGAAUCUUCGAGUUCGUAUUUCGUUUUGUUUUGCGCCCCCGCUACCCUUUUUCUCCCACUCACUACUCCACCUCUCCUUCCUCACGACAGACAGGCGUGAAGCGGAAGAGCGGCACUGCUGGGUGAUGUCAGACGCCGAGGGCCAAAUGAUCGAAAUGUACGCGCGAUGGCCGAUGCGGGUUGUGCUCGCGUCCAAAUGGCCGUUUGUGCUUUUCCUCAUGCACGACGAAAUCAUCCGCAACGCGUCCAUCGCUCGGUUUUGGCGCCAGGACGACUACAUCAACUGCAAGGGGUUUACGAAUUCCCUGGAUCCCGAAGUUGCUGAACGGCACCGGGCGGCCCUGGCGAAAAACCCCCUCCGGUCGAAGACGUUCUACUUGGAAUAUGACAGUGCACAUGAUCCCCCUCAUUUGUAUAGCAUGAACGGCAAUACAAGCAUCAGCAAGAGUCCCAGUUUUGCAUGACAAAUUUGAACUGGAUUGUGGUUCUAUUUCGGCUACCAGAAGUUGUCAUGCAAAGAGUGCCGAGAGUCAUAUAGGUGGAUUGGGUAUUUUGCAUGACAAAUGAGGGAAGGGCUGUGCCCCGUCAUAUGGAAUCCAGGCAGUACACGAACACCACCGGGAACUUUUCCUCACUACUUGACUAUUUUUACGACCAUCGGAGAAACGAACCCAUCCCAUUGUCCGACGUGGACUGGCACGACGGGGUGUACAAAUUCAUCUACCAAAAGGACUCCGAUACGGAUAUUGAGUCCUGCCCGCACGCGUUUUCCUUUCUAAUCCUACUCCGGAUGCAGAUGUGCAUGCUGACGGAAUCCGCGUAUUUCGUCGAGCGGGAAUACAAUUACGCGAUUAUGCUGCGAAGGCUGGAAAUGGGAGACCUGAUCUUCAGCAAGUGGCCGCACUUUACGAUGUUGUGGUCGUUGAAGGGAACCGUGCGGCAUAUGGCGUUCUCAAACGGUGCAUUCUCAACUGUUGCAUGAAUUUGUGAUGCAAGAGCCGCAACAGUCAAAGGUGCAAGCUUGCUGCUUUUGCAUCACAGACUUGGCAUGGUUUUAGAUGCUGUUUAGCCCUCCGGAGAUUUGUCAUGCGAAGCAGCUUGAUCCUCUACCGGCUCAAGGUAGUUUUGCAUGACAAAUUCAUGCAACAGCUCAGAAUGUAACGUUUGAGAACGCCAUACGGCACGAUUUUUUGUUGGGCCUGCAUCUCCACGAGUUGUUGGACUCCAGGAGCUAUGAAAUGCAAAAGCAUCGUACGUAGUUGUAGUAUAAAUUGCAUUACAAAUUGACUUGGCACUACAAAUUGACCUUGUAAUGCGGAUUUCACCUAAGAAAAAGAUUUGUCAUGCAUAAAUCCGAUUACUACGAGUACGAUACUUUUGCAUUUCAUAGGAGCUUCGUCCAAGAAGUGUCCAUGCAGAAUCUGAUCGCGGAAUUGAACGCAAAAGCAGUGCCGGUGGACGGAGAUAUUUUGCUGGAAAAAAGUUUGGUAAACAGGAAAAAAACGGUAAGGGCAUUCACUAGUAGUGAAAAAAUCAUCGCAGAAGUAGAAAAAGCGAAAGACGAAAAGGAGAAAACUGACCGCUGUUGUGCAGGGGAUGCAGGGGCGGUGCAGUUCUUAUCGGACCAGUUUUUGGAGGCUCCGGUCAUGGAGCGGGGGAUAGUGGUGCGUGAAGAUGAUCAUGGGAAGGAGCCGAGUACAGCUUCUACAGGUGUCGCCAAUACUGCGUUCUCCUCUCCCCCGGAACAAAAUGAGGUCGCAGCUCUAUCUGCUCUCAUCCCUCUCGGAGCUCCACCUGCUACAGAAACUGACGACCCAGCACAUAGCACCAUGAAAAUAAUAAAUCAGCCAGAAGAACAACUGACGAUCCGGCAGAAGCUUUGGGGCGGGGAAUUCCCACUGGCUGAUUCCCUGCGCUACUUGUCACAACGAGGCUCGGAGCUUCACCGGGCGGUUUUCUCGAGUUUGAUGAAACUGCCGGACGUUUGGUGGGAUGGAAACAGAAAGAACGAGUUUGUGACAACUUACAACAAAAAACUGAACUUAAAUCUCGACGUCGCAGAUUUACCGAGAAUCGGGUUCGCCUACACGGUAAUGGUUUGGGGCGAGAAAUUUAGCCGGUAUUUGAAGAUAUCGACUGCAAAAAUGUCUGGGUCUGGAAGAAUGCCAGAGUUGUCAUGCAGGUUUUCCAUGACCCAUGAGGUCUGGUAUGAAGGACAUAGCAUGACAGAUUCUGUGAGAUAUCUAUCAUCAUUAUGCCUAUCCUGCAUGAGAAACUGCCUCUCGAACUCGAUUAGGUCAAAAGUGGACAGCUUUUUGUAAUCAUGCAACACAGAUUUUUUUACAUGAUUCGGAUUUAGCAUGACGAGUUGCUUUGUUCCAGACCCAGACACUUUUGCAUUUGAUAGAAGAAUUUCAUGCUCCGGUUCAAACAGACCGUCCAGAAGAACAACCUGUAUCAAAGGGAAAAAUCCCCCCGCCCCAUAUCGAAAUGGAAAUCUGUGAUGCGGGAUUUGUGUACACAAAUCGGCCCUGUAUUGCGGGAAGGCAUCGCGGCCAGAUCCCCAGGCUAUGCAGGGGCGUAUCGGUCUAGUUGUUCAGCAUGGCAAACGGCUCCGCUUUAGGCCUAACAGCAUGACAAAUCGCCUCCAUAAUGGGGGCGAAGCUUUUGCCCUUGUCUUCUUGCAAGACAGACGUGAUUUGUGACCUCAAAUCAGCAACACAAAUUUUCGGAAACAUGCCUUUUCGAUAUGGGGAGGGGGGAUUUUUCCUCACAAUAACCUGCUCGUCUUCGCGAUGGACAAGACCGCGUUUCACGAGUGCAAAAAGGCCUACAAAACCAUCUGGCUCGCGGAAGAGAGGGUGAAUCCAGGGAUUCCGGUGUACCGACGGAAAAGGAAAGAGGGGGAGGAGGACGAGGAGGAAUCCUCGAGGGCCCCACCUCUGUCUGAGGAAGAAGAGACCAGUUCUAUCGAUGCUCCGGCGUGCGUUUACGGCGAGGCGCGCACGAUCGUUUCGAAGUUCACCAUACCAUUGCUACUGGCGAAGUACGGAAUUGACAGCCUCUGGAUCGAUUUCGACGUGUAUUUUGUCCAGGACCCGACGCCACAUUUGUUCGAAUCCGCGAAAUCCUUGAGGCCCAUGAAUAAAAACGGAGUAGUAUCCAAGAAAAAAACAUUGUAGGUGUAACUUUUUUCGAGGAACAGCAUUACAAAUUUUCUGGCAUGACAGCAAAAACCUGUCAUGCGCAGAUGGUACGUGAAAGCGGCCUGUAAUGGACCCUAAGAUGCAUGCCAAGCAUGACAGACACAAUCAUCUUGCAUAUUGCGCAUCACAAAUUUACACUAACAGCGUUUUUUUCUUGCAUAAGUAGCUGACGACCCAGUGCCACGGAUAGAAAGUAUCGAGGCGCCGGCCAAGGCGGAAGGUGAAAAAACAGAAGUAGAAUCGAGAACUAUCAAACCACAACCGCUUGAAAUCCUUAUCACCGGGUCUUUCGCCUCUCACUGCAUCUGCAACGGCGUCGUCUACUUCCGCGCGACCGAUGCGGUCAUUGCGUGGCUCAUCGACGUCAUCAGUUGGAUGUAUUCGCACCCCUACGAGCACGACCAGAAAUGCUUCGCGCACUGGCUAGACCACACAGAACGAGUAACUUUUCGACCCUUGCCAAGAAGCACGAAAGUGCCGCAAUGGGCGUUACUCGACUCCGUGCAGAAAUUCGUCACGGCGGCGGUCGUAGAAGGGAACGGGUGGAUGGGGAAAAUCGAGAACAUCGUUCUGUUUCACUGGCUACACGGCGACAGCGACGGCGCGGGAACGAGUGGGGAGUGGCUGCGGAACAGCGAUUUUUACAAGAAUUACCUCGCGCAGUUGGGUGGAGGUGGAGAGAAUGAUGAACAAGGGAGGAAAGAUAUCACAAUGAUGGACAUCUUCUUCGGAGAUCAAGAUUCGAAAAUCGCGUCAGAAACGAUGAAAACGAAGGCGCUGCAGGCGUCAGAGCAGUUUGAGCGGAAAAUGCUGCUGACGGAAACGCAACACUGCGGGGUUAUGGCGGAACUGGUGUCGGAGCACGUGGAAUUGCAAGAAAAUUUGGCAGAUAAGGACAAGUUGAUUCUCUGAUUGAGCAAAGAAAGCCGAAAGCCAUUAUUUCCAUUGAUUGCGAUUCGAAGCUCGUACUGGUGCGUCUACUGUCAGCAUCAUACCACAGAUGAUUAUCGAGGGAAGACAGACUCAGCGUCAACGGGAUUUCCCGGGAAGCAGCGGACGAGGCUCGUCCAGCACAAACGCAGCUGGAGCUGUGCGCC